UGAUAUGUUAUGGUUCGUGUUUGCUCUUAAACCCUAAAACCCUCUCAAAUUUCCCUUUUCAGUUCCAAUCUACAGAUUAAGCGUCAUCGGAUUAUCGAACCGUCAUUCAUCCGCGAUGGGAGGCGGGAAGAUACUGGCAGCCUCGAAAGGGGAGCUUAAGAAGAAGCAGAAACAAUCGAAGAAAUCGAAAUCCGGUGGUUUUGAGUCGCUGGGAUUGAGUCCAAAUGUCUACAAUGGUGUGAAGAAGAAGGGAUACAGAGUGCCGACGCCGAUCCAGCGUAAGACCAUGCCCUUAAUUCUUGCUGGAUACGACCUCGUUGCCAUGGCCCGCACUGGCUCCGGCAAAACGGCGGCCUUUCUAAUCCCCAUGCUCCAGAAGCUCAAGCAUCACGUGCCGCAGGCUGGAGUUAGGGCGCUUAUUCUGUCCCCGACGCGUGACUUGGCUCUUCAGACUUUCAAAUUUACCAAAGAACUCGGUCGCUUUACAGACCUUCGUGUUAGUUUACUGGUUGGAGGUGAUAGUAUGGAGAGUCAAUUCGAGGAACUGGCACAGAAUCCUGAUUGCAUAAUUGCUACUCCUGGUAGGCUUAUGCAUCACUUGGAAGAGAUUGAUGACAUGUCUUUGCGCACUGUGGAAUAUGUUGUUUUUGAUGAGGCUGACUGCCUUUUUAGCAUGGGGUUUGCGGAACAGCUGCACAAAAUCCUUGCCCAGCUGGGUGAGAACCGUCAAACUCUACUUUUUAGCGCAACUUUACCAAGUGCCCUUGCCGAGUUUGCCAAGGCUGGUCUUCGGGACCCUCAACUAGUGAGACUUGAUUUGGAGACAAAAAUUAGCCCCGACUUGAAGCUUGCCUUUUUCACUUUAAGGCAGGAAGAAAAAUAUGCUGCAUUGCUGUAUUUGAUUAGGGAACAAAUAAGUUCUGAUCAGCAAACUUUAAUUUUUGUUUCCACUAAAUAUCAUGUUGAAUUUAUAUACUCUCUGUUUAGAGAAGACGGUAUUGUGGCUUCUGUUUGCUAUGGGGAUAUGGAUCAAGAAGCCCGUAAGAUCCAUAUAUCAAAAUUUAGGGCUAGGAAGACUAUGCUGCUGAUUGUGACGGAUGUGGCUGCCCGGGGAAUUGACAUCCCUUUACUUGAUAAUGUAGUCAAUUUUGACUUUCCUCCGAAACCUAAACUUUUUGUCCAUCGCGUGGGCCGAGCUGCAAGGGCUGGUCGUACAGGUACUGCAUUUUCUUUUGUCACGACCGAAGACAUGCCUUACCUAUUGGAUCUUCAUCUUUUUCUAUCGAAGCCAAUUAAGCCUGCUCCAACAGAGGAAGAAGUCCUAAGAGAUAUGGAUGGUGUUAUGACAAGAAUUGAUCAAGCAGUUGCAAAUGGAGAAACUUUUUAUGGGCGUUUUCCCCAAAGAGCUAUAGAUCUACUUUCAGACAGAGUUCGAGAAAUCAUUGAAUCAUCCACAGAGCUGACAGCUUUGCUGAGACCUUCUUCAAAAGCAUUUAGCUUGUACACAAAGACAAAAGCGAAACCAUCUAGGGAGUCUAUUAAAAGAGUAAAAGAUUUGCCCCGUGAAGGUUUACAUCCUAUAUUCAGAAAUGUUUUGGGUGGUGACGAAUUAACAGCUUUAGCCUUUUCUGAGCGCCUGAAAGAAUUCAGACCCAAGCAAACUAUUCUGGAAGCUGAAGGUGAGGCUGCAAAAUCAAAAAAUCAACAGGGACCUUCUAGUCAAUGGGUUGAUGUGAUGAAGAUGAAACGAGCUGUUCAUGAGCAGGUGAUUAAUAAAGUUCGUCAGCAGCGUUCUAAAGAUCAUGUUGAGAAGGAAGUUGAAUUGGAACAUAGUCCUUCAAAGCACAAGCGAAAACAAGCAUCUGGAACCAAAAGGAAAGCACAGAGCUUCAAAGAUGAUGAGUAUUUCAUAAGUUCAGUGCCCACAAAUCAGCAUUUUGAAGCAGGGCUUUCUGUGCGAGCUAACCAAGGCUUUGAAUCAAAUAGGUUGGAAGCUGCUGUUCUUGACCUAAACGCUGAUAAUAGUGAAGGAUUGCAGAAGCAAAAAUCUUCUUAUCACUGGGACAAGAGGAGCAAAAAAUAUGUCAAGCUAAACAACGGAGAGCGCGUGACAGCUAGUGGGAAGGUAAAAACAGAAAGUGGUACAAAAUUGAAAGCCAACAAAACUGGGAUAUACAAGAAGUGGAAAGAACGGUCACACAAGAAGAUAUCACUUAAAGGGGCAAACAACGAUAGCACUUCAGGAGCUGCUAGGUCAGCAGGUACUCCUGGUUAUCGAGUGGACAACCGAAGGUUCAAGGGUGGAAAAAGUCAUAAAUCAGUACCAAAUGCCCAUAUCCCUUCAGAAAUCAAAGAUUUUGAACAAGUUCGGAAGGAAAGGCAAAAGAAAGCAGACCGAGUUUCAUAUCUUAAGAGCAAAAAUAAGAAAGGAAAGAAGUUUGGGAAAAGUGGCAAGAGAGGAAAAGGAAAGGCAAAGUAAGGUAGCCUUAGAGGCUGGCUCUCUUUAUCUUCUUCUGACACUCUUUACUUCAAAACAACCUGCCUGUUAGACUGGGGAUCAGCGAAGUGCAGCACAUUCGUCUACUUCCUGUCUUUUCAGUGGUGAAACCUCUAGUGAAGCUGAGAGAUCGUAGAUCCUGUAGUUGCAAGGCAAGUUGGAUCCGCUUACAACUGUGUCCAUCUUUUCCUGUAGUAAUACAUGCAUUUGAUGGACCCUUUUUUUGUUUUGGGACUUAAAAUAAAAACCUCUGAAUUUCGAAUCCCAUUGGAUUCCAAUGGAAUAAUCUAUGAUAUGAAUCAUACUCUUUCAAUCAAAGAGAUAUUUCAGCGAUUCCCGUGUUUCUAUUUCGAAAAGAAAGGAGGAUUCAGAUGAUUGGAAAUUUAUUCCAACCUAAAAUUCUUCCGAAAUUUUCUAUUUCAAUAAAAGGAAUGGGCUCUUACUAUCUUUAUAGAUGGAUACGAAGACCGGACCUUUUUUUUUUAUUUUUUGCCUUUUUACUGUUCAAAGACGAGGUCGUUUUGUUAAGUGUAUACGCACUUUCUAUGAGAAAUGAUAUAGAGAUAGUGGUUGUCUAACGAGAGACUAUGCAAUAAUAAGAUCUUGCCUCGGGCGCGUCACAUAUUGGG